CCCCCCCCCCGCCAUGCAAACUCUGCACGUUACGUGGCCUGUGUUGUUGUUGCUAUCUCUGCUUGCUUCUUCCCCACUGUCGUGUGAGCUUGUCGAUGUUGUUGGGGGGCCGAGUGGGUGGCGUUGCGGCCCCCUACGAACACUGUCAGAUUAACACGAAGUGAGACUUUCGCGCCAAAUAUCUGCCAUCAUAUCGCUGUGUUUGUUGUUGUUGUUGAGGGGAGGGAGGUUGUUAGAUCGCGUAAAUAUAUUUAAAUAUAAACGUCGCGUCAACAGAACGUGACCAUAGUUCGUUACUAGUACAGCAACAUCGGUGUGUUGGGAGAGCAAAGACGCAUAUCAUUUACGAUCGAGAGGAACGACGUUUCGCGCAGUAAUUGCAACCAGCAUCAUCAGGCGGGGGCAGACAGAUUUGUGGAGAAGUUCUGUUCCAAAAAGAGAAAAACUUAGUUACUACUGGGCCAACACUAUCAGUUAAAAAAAAACGAGAGUUCCUACCUUAGAUAAGCGUUGAGAGGGGGUGAAGAGUGCGGCGACCGUCUCACGUCUUACGGACGAAGCAAGCCGCUGGUGGAAAUUCCACAUUCCCACGAAUGGUGAGCUACGCGAGCGCGGCAAUGCGAGACUGCGACCCGGACGAUGACGAGGAGGAGAGGCUGCAAAUCAUCGAGGAGGUGGACGAAGAGGAGGAGGAGGAGAAAGACGAGGAGGAAGACGAAGAGGAGGCGGCGGCGGAGGAGGAGGAAGAGACGAACUUAGAGGGGACCGGCGGCAAUCCCGGCGUGGACAAGACUGCCGAGCCGCUGGGCAGGCAGGACGGGACGGUGGCGGAGUGCGAUGUCCCGGGCAGUGGGGCCACUCACCGUGAGGAAAUGAAUGAUCACAGCGAUGCCCCGGGCGCCGAAGCCUCUCUUGGCUCUCAAGGACGAGACGACACAGACGCGCAGGAGGGGCUCGUGACCGCUGGCGGCGGCGAGGGGCCCGGCGCGGACGGCCUCGCCGAGUUCCUGCGGCGCCGCGACACCGCCGUCAUUUUCCCCGAGGACCCCGAUGAGGGCCCGGGGAACCGGGCCUCACCCGAGAGCCUCCUCCGCAGGCCCAACGGCGCGAGGACGCCCGGCGCGUUUGCCGCGCUGCUGGCAUGCCCGCACUGCGACCGCGGCUACAAGCGGCUGAGCUCGCUCCGGGAGCACAUCCGCUACCGGCACGAGAGGGGCACAGGCGACGGCGGCGGCGUCGUGGAUCUCCACAAAGCACCGCGUGCCCCCCAGGCGGGCGAGCAGGGUCAGCCUCCCGCUGCCGGGAGCCGCAAGUUUAAGUGCACAGAGUGUGGGAAAGCCUUCAAGUACAAGCACCACCUCAAGGAACACUUCCGCAUCCACAGCGGGGAGAAGCCAUACGAGUGCCCAAAUUGCAAGAAGCGCUUCUCUCACUCGGGCUCGUACAGCUCGCACAUCAGCAGCAAGAAGUGCGUCGGCUCCGUCCCGGUGAACGGCAGGGCGCGGGCUCCCUCGCCGCCGUGCUCCCCCGUCGUCGGCCUCGCCGCCGCCGAGCACAGCCCCCCCCCGGCAGAGUGCCCCACGGCCCGCUUGCGGGUCAAGGAAGAGCCCGCGGAAUUCGCGGGCGCCGACUACGAGGGCACCGUCGGCGUGGCCUCGCACGGCCUCUCCGGCCUCGCUCCCUUCCUGAACGGCUACGCGUCGACGGGCGUCGCCGCGGCCGCUCACGCUCUCGCCGCGGCACGGCGGCGGGACCGCGAGUUCGGCCUCGGCGGUCGGCGCGGCGGGGCGGGGCCGGCGAGCGACGGCCGGGAGACGAGCGAAGGCGAUCCGGCGUCGGCGCACGGCCCGGGGAAGAGGAACGGCGGCGCGGACGGCUUCCAUUGCCAGGCGAAGGCAUCUCCAGUUGCCGGUGCCCUGACGGCUGACGCCGUCAAGGUGGAAGGGAACACCGCCACGUCUCCCAAAUCCACCCAGAGCUCAAGUCACGAUGACAACGAGGACGACUGUGGCGCGCGUUCCGAGAAAAAGUUCGACGCCGACGAGGAGGACUUCCUGCGGAGCAUUGGGCUGGAGGCCACGCGUCGUCCGGCCAUCAAGAUAAAGACCGAAGAGCCGGAUCUGGACGAGCGUUCUUCCCACGUGGAAGGGGCGGCUCACCACGCCUGCCAGUAUUGCAAUGAACCAUUUCCAAGUCCAAUACCUCUGCACCAACACGAGCGCUAUCUCUGUAAGAUGAACGACGAGAUCAAGGCGGUGCUUCGACCGUCCGCGCCGCAGCCUUCGUCUCCAGCUCAACCAAAGAAGUUGAAAUUGUCGGCUGGAAGGGGGUUAAAAGGGUGCCGCGCAACGGCACUCGGAGACCAAUUGGCUUUCCUAAAGUCGUAUUGCUUUGCCAGAAAUGUUGAGCCAAGUCCCGAGGAGCUGAUUAAGAUAUCGUUGGCCAUGAGCCUCCCCAGAGACGUUCUCUCCAAGUGGCUGGAUAAGAAAUCCAACGCAGCAGGCAGAGCACAAGAGCACUGUGCGUCCAGCUCUCCCUCUUACAAGCUAGCCCUAUCACCGGUGGGCCGCGGCUGUUCUCCGGCUGGGCACGUCGGCUACAGCAGGGAGGGAAGUCCACCGCAGCACCCACUGGGCUCGCCGAUGAGUGCCCGGUCCGACUCGCCUAGAGGCAGAGGUGCCCUGCACGGCCCCGCGGCAGGUCACGCGAAGAACGGGCAGCCCAACGGCUUGUUCGCGAACGGUCUUCACCACGGUCAAGACCAGGCCCAGCCGCUCGACUUAUCGGUGCCAAAAUUGAGCAAAGUGAGGCUGAGAGAGACAGGCUUUGUUAAUUUCCAUAAUUCGAGCAGUGUUAAUUGCAAAGAGGAGCCGUUAAACUUAACUUACAUGAAGAGAUCCUCGGCUCUGAAAAGCGUCAAAAGAAAAUCGAACGCCAAGCUAGACUCGAGUGCUUCUUACAUGACCAAUGGCUCAUCGAACAACAGUGUUGACCAUUUACAUGAGAAUAAAUCAAUAAUGAAUAUGGUCACUUCCAGCUACGGCAACGGUCCCGUGUUCACGGGCUUUCCGCCGCUCAGCACCUUUUCGUCGCCGCCCGGUCUGAUUCCGGCCCUCCACAUGGGCUACCCCGGCCUGAGGCCCUACAUGGGCCUGGACCAAGCAGCAUUGCUGUCCCACAUGUCACCGUACAGAGGCCUUUCGGACACAGCUGCUCUCGCCGACUUCCACGACAAGAGGGGCCUUCAGAUGCGCCACUUUGCACACGGAGAGUCUCCUGAGCGGGGAGAGGGAAGCCCCGUGGGCUCGGACGAGGUGACGGACUCGGACUCGGGAGUGCCCACGCGCAAGCGGCAGAGGAGGGGGGAGUGCGUGCCCGGGGGCUCGUUCGCCUGCGACCUGUGCGACAAAACCUUCCACAAGAGCAGCUCGUUGCUGCGCCACAAGUACGAGCACACAGGCAAGCGGCCGCACCAGUGUGAGGUGUGCAACAAGGCGUUCAAGCACAAGCACCACCUGAUCGAGCACUCGCGGCUGCACUCGGGUGAGAAGCCGUACCGCUGCGACCGCUGCGGCAAGCGCUUCUCGCACUCGGGCUCCUACUCGCAGCACAUGAACCACCGCUACUCCUACUGCCGGCGCGGCGACCCCGGCGAGCGCAGCGGGGAGCCGGGCGCGCCGGGGGGGCGGCAAGGCUUGUUGGGAGCGGAUUUGGGGGCCCUGGGAGCGGAGUUCGGAGCGACGGAGUCGCAGGAAAGCGCCGAAGAGCUCAACGAGGGGGAGGGCGGAUGCGGGGCGGAGGGUUGUGCCGUCGCAGAGGACCGCAAUGAUGAGGCAGAGUCGGAGGAUGCGCGCGGCGCGGGGGCUGUGGGAAACGAAGGGAGAGAUUCCGCCGUUGAAUUGAACGGUGCUGACGGAGAUGAUACUGUGAUGGAAGCUCCGCCGGAUGAAGACCAAGAGACAAAAUCCGGAACUGAUGGGGCAAAUGACAACGAUGCUUUGACUUGUGAUAACUAACCGGUCUGCCUCUGACUUUCUGAGAACAAAUGUGUUGUGUUGCAACUAGACCACUGCUGUGCCUGAAAUAUGUUUUCUGGAUACAGAAUGUGUAAAUUAUGUAGGAACGGUUUUUUGAACAAAGGUAUUUCUGGACUAACUCGAAUGCUGUUGGAAUUAGUGGGUACUACAGGCGAGGUGUUUUUCGUAUUAAAAUGAUUGUAAAGAGGUGGAAAAUGGAGUUAGAAAUGGGCAUGUUAAAUGUGGAUAGAUAAUGCUAUGAUUAGGAACAUCUGUAGUUGGGAGAUACAAGAACGAUCUGGAAAAAGCCUUUUAUAUGCAUACUUAAAAAAAAAAGUUUUCUACCAGUGCCAUCUUUUACAAAAGCAGUGUUACUCAAUGUUUAAAAUGUUAAAGCUUUGUUUUUGUUAGUCUCGAAAAGAUAAAAGUAUUCUGCUAAACAUUCACACAGUAUUAUUUGACAUAGCAUGCAGCUUGUGUAGUUUACACUGUUUGUGCAAUUCCUCCUCGGUUUUUGUUAUUGUUGUUGUCGUCACGUGGUGCUGCCAUGUGCACCGUCCUCUCUCUUAAGCUGUGGUGACCGUUAAUUUAUGUUUCGUUGUUUUAAUGUUUGUUUGUUUGUUUACACGUUGCCAUCUCUGUAAUUUAUUCAUUCCGUUUUAGAUGCAAGUAGAAUGUUGUUGUUGUUUAUAAUUGCCAGCCAGAACAUGAUUCAGUAUUAAUACUCUUUGAGCAAGAUAUUUGUAACAUUUUCACAAAUCGUCCAGACCACCGGUCUGCGUUGUACCGCGCGUACUAUUUUUGCAGUGCAUUUUAGCGUUCUCUUUCCAAGUUGCUGUUUGACAAACGUCAGUAUUUUUCCUGGAUGUACAACCCCGUUUUUAACGAGCUUCCAUUUGAAUACAUUUUGUUUACCGAUGCAGCCAAGGCUGCCAAGACUUGAAUUUGUACAUUAAAACUCAGAAAUAAAUCUCAGCGUCUUUUUCGUAA